CUCGCGACUUGCCUCGAAUUAUAAUGGAUUCAAAAACUCAUUCCAAACCUGCUGGCAUGAGUCCUGAAACUAGUGCUGAUAUUUCUAAAAACAGUCACAGUACUGGUGGUCUGGUCUUUUGUGGUGCAACUAUCUGGGACUGGGUUGGAAGAAAAUCUUCAACCAACUCCAAAACCAUGGAUUUUGGCUCGCAUGAAUUCCCCGCACCGCAUAUCUAUGGAGCUGCUGCUUAUAUCAAUGUUGUAGAUGUGUUCUCUCACUGCACGAGUGCACAUGCAGUCAUCAUUGAUGAUCAAGGUGCUGCAUACACAUUUGGACGAAACCAGAAUGGUCAGCUAGGUGAUGGUACAACCACUUCUCGUUCCGAUCCAUUCAGAAUCAAUAUCAAAGGUGAAACCUUUGUAAAGGCUGCUGUUGGAAAGGCACAUACUCUCCUGGUUACUGCUUCUGGUAGAGUUUACGCUGCUGGUGAAAACAAAGUACAGCAAUGUGGUGUCAAGGCUGGUGUCGAUAUUAAAACAUUUGUGCAAGUCACGGCCAUCAAAGGACAACAUGCUGUUGACGUUGCUUGUGGUUUAGACUUUUCACUCGCCAUUACUGAGGACGGAACAUUGUUUGCAUGGGGAAGUCCGCAAUAUGGUCAGCUUGGUGAUGGUAAAGAUCAUAGCUACAUAUCUGGUACUAGUCGUAUGAUAUACGACCCACAAAUGCCAAAACCCAUCACCAAACUCGAAGAUAAAAAAAUUGUUGCAAUCGCAUGUGGUACCAACCAUUCUCUUGCGCUAGAUGAUCAAGGGGCCGUGUAUUCUUGGGGUUGCGGUGGAUAUGGUCGACUGGGUCUUCCCGAUUCUCCUCCAAAAGACAUUUUUGUUCCAACAGAAGUUCCUGGCUUCAAAGAUCGUAACAACAUGGUCAAAAAAAUCGCAUGUGGUACAACAAGUUGCAUGGCCAUUGAUGGUCGUAAUGCACUCUAUCUUUGGGGCAAGUGGAAACAGUCCGGAGAUGGCGGUCAGGGAACACCGUGGCUUUAUCCAAAGCAUUACCCUGGACUGUCUGGAUGGGAGGUUUGGGAAAUUAGCGCCGGUGGUUCUACUCUAUUUGCACUUGCUGGUGAAUCAACCGUCAGUUGGGGACAAAACGCCUAUCAUGGUGAGCUUGGACACGGACCUAAUGCUCCGCGAUCAUGUGUAAAUGCUGAUAUUGUCAAGGGGAUGGAGGGAAUCUCAUGUAAAAAGGUUUCGUGCGGUCUGGGUUUUACUCUGAUGGUUGCUGAUAAAAGUUCCAAACCGUUUGCAGAUCUUCCUGCUAUUGGGGAACUGAUUACAACUUCUCCUUUUGCUGAAGUUUCGACUCCUGCAGCUACAAAGAAAGUCGCUGCUGGAACCAAAGCCAAAGCUCCUGCAGCAAAGGGUAAAAGGAAAACUUCAGAUGAACCUGGAAAAGAUGCUGCCGAUGCGCUUGUUGCUGAUGCUGAACUUACUACUAAGCCGAAAAAAGGACGUAAAAUUAAUUCUUAGUCGCAAUGUGGGUUGAUGUAAAGACUGUUUAACUCGAUUUUUCGUAUUUGGAUUUCUCGAGCAUUAUCUGCGUUUUUAUCAACAUUAAACAUGAUUAUCAAUUAGUAUUUUUUGGAU